GGGGCAGUAAUGCAAGUACGCGCGCGCGCAAUCAAACCGUGUCCAAAACGUCGAAUGCAAGUACGCAAUUAACUGCUGGACCUAGUGGUCGGCUCUAUGUCGAGGAAAAGAACUCACCUCAAUCAGAUAUAUUGACGCAGAGCCAGUGCGGAACUUCUUUGCAGUAUCGCCUACUAUCUGUCAAGCAUGAGUUUAAGUCCACAACCAAAAACCGGUUUCGCACCAUCACCAAAACCUAACAAUAUCCAAGACGUUCGUGUUGUUACAGACAACAGCUUGGAUAUCACUGGCUCGUUCCUUGAAGUCGUCGUCGGCAAGGAUGGGAACCAGGAGAACUUCUUCCUCCACGAGAGGCUCUUUACAUCACACUCAGUCUUCCUGAAGUGUGCGGCAAAGAGAGAGUGGAUACAACAUAAGAACGCGGUCCUGCUACCCCAAUAUGACCCGGCAACGUUCCGAUUGUAUGCAGCCAUGACCUACUCUGGCUUUCUGGCGACGAAGGGGUUGCCGUUUGAAUGGCAAUCACUUGUGGAUGUUUAUGUGUUGACUGAGGAACUCCAAGACUCGUGGGCUAAGGACCACAUCGUCGAUGCCAUGCAUAGUUUUGCGGCCGAACACUUACCCAGAAACCCUGUCUCCAACGGGAAAAGCAGAUUCACAGACUGCAUCAGCACUGCCUCUCUAUGCCAGCUCUAUGAAAACACACCUACUAGUAGUCAGGCGCGUAAGCUUGUCGUCGAUCUUUUCGCUGACAACGGUUCCGGAGAGUGGCUGGCUUCGGCAGGUGAUCUGCUCCCACACGAAUUUAUCCUUGGGGUUGCAAUUCGCCUUAUGCCGAAACCAGCCUGCGUUGUUUUUGGCAAUAUGCUGGACCGUCCCUCUUCGCGCUACCAUGAGAAGGUUCAGGGGCAGAGGAUACCCUCGAACACAAGGCCCGCGACAGUGAGGUUACCGAAAAAGGUUCUCGAUGACCAUGGACGAUUAAAAUGGAAUGCCCACAGCGUAACUCCUUUCUUCAAUCCCUCCAAAAGCACAGAACCGACUCCGGCAAAGUCAGGCCAAAGAACACCUUCCGCUGCCACCACCAAGGCGUGAAAGAAGGGAAAUGUCUGACAGGUUAGCAACUCUUUCUAACAUGUUGUAGAGAUGGGUCACUUUCUUGUCUGUGCUUGCUUCGCCUUCAGUUUGGAAUGCAUUUAGUCCACAAGAAUGAUUGAUGAUAUGACGGCGUUCGUUUUUGGGAUUAGUUGGUCAUCUUGAUACCUGUCAAAAACAUGAUUCAUCACGCACAACUACUGGAAUUCAAAUCAGUAACGUUACAGACGAUGUGGGCAAGCAUGAUCCACAGGUAGUG